AUGACCACUUACAGAAGAUUCGCAGUUGCGGGGGCUGGGAAUGUUGGAAAAGCCAUUGUUAAUGAGCUUAUGAAUCAGAAGCUUGCUGGCCAAGUCGACGACAUAGUCAUUUUGACCCGUGAGACGAAGGGGUCCGACAAGAACAGUACGGCGACAACGGCUACAGAAGCAGCUCCAAGAGUUGUGGUCGUUGAUUAUGCCUCAGUUCCUUCCCUCCAGUCUGCGUUAGCCAAUGUAGACGUCGUCGUCUCCACGCUUGGAUACGCCGCAAUAUUUACCGAACAGAUUAAUCUGGCUUCUGCCUGCGAGCCUGCUGGUGUCACGUUAUUUGUCCCGUCACAAUAUGGUCUCCCUGGACGCACUGGGAUCCCCACUGAUUCGGAGUUCAGAGCAGUCCUCGGGAGCGUCGGUACCACCGUAUUCUAUACCGGCGUGAUCUCGGACAUGCUCUUCAACGAGUCGCCUUAUGCAGGCUUGAUGUUGCGCACGGGGAGCGUCAUUAUUCCCGGAGAUGGGAGAGCACUCAUCUCGUUCACAUCUCGUGGCGAUGUCGCACGAUUUGUAGCGCACGUCCUGACUACUCUUCCUCCGUCGAAGUUGAUCAACAGGGAGUUCCGCGUGGAAGGUGAACGUACUUCGCUGCAAAGUAUCGUCAACGGAUAUCAAGAACGCAUGGGAAACUCGCUCGCAGUCAACUAUCUUCCCGUAUAUGCUCUUAGAGAGGCGGUCGAAAAGAACGUAGGGGACGUUUUAAGCCACAUUCGCCUGGCUUGGGCCUUAGGUAAAGGUGUAGUAGGCGAAAGGGACGAGUUGGAUAACUACGAAUAUUCGGAUUGGAAUCCUGCAACUGCUCUGGAUGUUAUCGUAUGA